GAUAAAAAGUCAAACGACUGUGCUGGAAGCGCCCAACUUGGGGCUAAUCAGAACGCUGUGAAUAGUAAGUUGGUAGUUAGUUAGCAGUGCAGAGCUACACAGAACGGUCGACGGAGGAUCGCCAUGGAGGAGCUGCAGGAUGCCAGCAUCCAUCACAUGACCGCCAAGGUCAUCGCGGCCAUCAAGAACACCAAGAGCUACGAGCCCAUCUACAAGGAGCUGCAGAAGUUGGUCUGCAAUCCCAGCGUGGACACCCACGACAUGCGCAACACCCUGGAGGAUGCCAUCAAGAGCGCCGGCUUGGAGACGGAGAUCCGGAACAUUGUCUACAAUUUGGUCCGGAGUCGGUUGGCCAAGCCCGACGACAAAGCCCUCGCCAACAAACAGGCAGCGAAACCCACCGUUAGUGAUCCAUUGGGCUAUUUAAAAAGGGCCGGUGUUCUUUGGGAUCGAAGGGUUAGAAAGAGUUUGAAUGCCAUGUGCACGGAGCUAAAGGUCCCACUGCAUGGACAACCGAGGAUCAGUGCCGAUCGAGAGGACUUCAUGGCCAAGUGGAAUGAACUGAGCAACUAUAACAUGGAUCUGGCCAACUACAGACCAGUUUAUGCACCAAAGGAUCUUCUGGAGGUCCUGCUCUCUCUAAAAGGACCCGCCAAAACCACCGAAAAUACAGACCAAAUCCCCCAGUGGGAGUUUUCUCAUAUAGCUUUACCCGUGAAGAAUUUGUUUGAACUGCGUGCUCAUUAUGCGGAUCUACUGCGAAGUGAUAGCUAUUUGGGAGUGCCCGAUCUCACGGUUCAGUGUCAAAGGAUUCUGGAAGGAAAGCACGCACCCAUGUGUCAGCAGUUUCUGAAGAAGGGUUGCACCCCAGCUCCCUAUAGAGGAGCACUUUGGGCCUCCGUACUAGAUAGCAAGCUGCACGAUUAUGACAUUGACUACUGGCAGAAGCUGCGCAAUGCUGUCUGGACCACCGAUCACAUUGUGGACAAGCUGGUCUUCAAGGAUAUCCAGCUGACGGCCUCCAACGACGACCAGUACUUUGUGUUCGAGGACGUGCUCUACCAGGUGCUGCUCUGCUUCUCGAGGGACACGGAUAUCGGCGGCUGCGUGGAGUACGAGGCGUUUCCGGUGAAGGGCAAGACGUACGAGGGUCCGCCCUCGGGCGUGGUGCCCUUCCACGGCAUCUGCAUGUUCGCCGCCCCCUUCUGCUAUCUGUACGACUCGCCGGUGAAUCUGUACUAUACCUUCCGGGCCUUCUACAUCCGCUACUGCCAUCGCCUGACCACGAUCAACACCCAUCCGCAGGGGAUUGUCAGUCUGUGUCUGCUGUUUGAGAAGCUUUUGCAGACCUACGAACCACAGUUGUGGUCUCAUUUUAGGGAACUUCAGAUACAGCCGCUAAGAGUCGUAUUUAAAUGGCUUAUGCGCGCGUUCUCCGGACACUUACCUCCUGACCAACUUUUGGUUCUUUGGGAUCUGAUCCUUGGCUUUGAUAGCUUGGAGAUCCUCCCCCUAUUCGCCAUCAUCAUCUUGAGUUUCAGAAAGGAGAGCAUCAUGCAGGUGGCCUCCUUGGACAGCAUUGAAGCCAUUCUGGCAGAUCUGUCCUCCAUCAAGGUACUGCCCCUAGUCCAACUGGCACUUAGUCGGGACUGAAGGUGUGGUCUUUAUCUGGUUACAAAAUUAAAGUAUUAAAAGU